AUGGAUCCAAAGACAGCCCUUCUUCAGGCUCUUGGAUCAACCGAGCAGAGUCAGAUCCGGCUGCUUCAAGGAUUUGUUCAAGCGCCAUCUCCUAAUCCUCCGGGAGAUACCACAGCGGCUGCCGCUGUUCUCACCGAGUACCUCACCGAGAAGGGCAUUCCUUACCAGUUGAUUACCGCCAAGCCAGGGUGCCCAAACCUGGUCAGCGAGUUUGCCGGCGGUAAGGGGCCUGGGCCACGCGUAGUGCUCAAUGGGCAUAUCGACGUCUUCCCUGCAGGUGACAGCAGCGACUGGACUCGAGACCCAUGGUCGGGUGACAUCAUUGACGGGCGCCUGCAUGGCAGAGGCGUCGUUGAUAUGAAGUCUGGCACUGCAUCACUGGUAGUAGCAUACGCACAUCUGUAUGAGAUAAGAGAAUCCCUCAAGGGCAGCGUCUCGCUCUGUGCGGUCUCGGACGAAGAGACGGGUGGGAAAUGGGGGACCAAGUAUUUGAUACAACAAGACAGAGAGAGAUGGGGAGGUGACGUUAUGCUGAGCGCGGAACCCACGGGCCAAACCAUCAGAUUCUCAGAAAAAGGAACUUUAAGGUUGUCUGGUACUAUCAAAACCAGGGGGGCGCUUGGUGCAUAUUUGAACUUGAGCAAGGGAGCUAUCCGAACCGCGACAGCCUUCAUUUCAGAUGCCAUAGAGACAGUUGAGUCCAUGCAAUUCGACAUACCAGACGAAAUCGAUCGUCACUUGAAGAAGCCCGAGGUCCUCAAGAUCGUCGACGAAGCAAUGGGCGAAGGCACCUCUACGAUUAUUGCGCGUCCGACGGUCAAUGUUGGGACAAUCAAGGGUGGCAUAAAAGUGAACGUAAUCCCAGAGCUCUGCGAGUUUGAGCUUGAUAUCAGACUACCCAUUGGUUUGACGGCAGAAGAUGUGAUGGGAAAACUUCACUCUAUCACUGAGCGGCCACAGUACGUCGAGGCAACCAUUCAGCUUAAAGUACAGGAGGCUGCGAGCAAUCCCUCCAGUUUUUCGUCCAUCAGUCAUCCCAUGGUCGGGUUCCUCGGGGACAACGCCAAGGCAGUCGCUCCCGGUACCCACCCGGUCGCUAUCCCUUCUAUGGGAGCUACGGAUUGCAAACACUAUCGUUACGCGGGCAUACCUGGCUACGUCUAUGGGUGCAGCCCCUUCAGUAUGGCGGCAGUCAAUGAGUCUGCGUCUAUCACCGAGUUCUUGCAGGUCGCAAAGGUGCAAGCAGCAGCUGCCUUUGACUUUCUUCAAUAG